AUGCCGUCCGCCAGCCGUCUGCCCUCCGCCGCCACGCUCGGCCGGGCACUGGUCCAGGAUGCUCGUCUAUGUCGUCCCUCGCCCCUGCGACCCAUCACUGCCACUUCCUUUGCCCCUCUGCGCAACACCACAUCAGCCUUGCCACGCCCGGCAAUCUUCCGCGCGGGCCAGCGCCGUCCUUUCUCCCUCACAUCCCGCAGACGCCUUGCCACGCACGAUGACUCGUUCAACCCGGCCGACAUUGAAAGAGAGAGUGAUCAGGUCGAUGUCUGUAUCGUCGGAGGCGGGCCUGCUGGUCUCAGUGCUGCCAUCCGUCUGAAGCAGCUAGCCAAUGAUGCUGGUAAUGAGGACUUCCGCGUACUGCUGCUCGAAAAGGCUGGAGAGCUGGGCGACCACAUCGUCUCUGGCAAUGUGGUUGAGCCCUCUGCUCUGGAUGAAUUGCUCCCUAAUUGGAACGACCCAGAGAAUCCAGACCGCUACGAGCACAUUACUCCCGCUACCACGGAUCGCAUGCGCUUCCUCACAAAGUCUUAUUCGAUACCCAUCCCCGCUCCUCCCCAGAUGAACAACCAUGGCAACUACAUCAUUUCUCUCAAUCAAUUCACCAAGUGGUUGGGGGAAAGAGCAGAAGAAAUUGGUGUCGAGAUUUAUCCUGGUUUUGCCGCUUCCGAAGUUCUCUACAACGCUGACGGUUCGGUAAAGGGUGUUGCCACAAAUGAUCUUGGUAUUUCUCGUAGUGGCAAGCCCAAGGACUCGUUCGAGCGUGGUAUGGAAUUCCAUGCUCGCGUCACACUGCUUGCCGAGGGUUGUCACGGCAGUCUUACUAAGCAAGUCACAAAGAAGUUUGAUCUAAGGCGGGACAGCCAGCCUCAAACCUACGGUCUCGGUAUCAAGGAAGUCUGGGAGAUUGAUCCUGCAAAAUUCGAAAAGGGCUUGGUCGCCCAUUCUCUCGGCUAUCCUCUGCCUGCCGAUACAUAUGGCGGUGGUUGGAUGUAUCACUUUGGCGAGAACUUGGUCAGCAUCGGCCUGGUCGUUGGCCUCGAUUAUCCUAACCCAUGGUUGGCUCCUUAUGGCGAAUUCCAAAAGAUGAAGCAUCAUCCUAUGUACGCAAAGUACUUGGAGGGUGGUAAGUGCAUCUCGUACGGUGCCCGCACACUGAACGAGGGUGGAUUCCAGUCUAUCCCCAAGUGUGCGUUUCCUGGAGGUGCACUGAUUGGCGACACUGCCGGCUUCCUCAAUGUACCCAAAAUCAAGGGUACUCAUACCGCCAUGCGCUCGGGAAUGCUCGCUGCCGAGGCCGCCUUCUCUGCGUUGCGCGAGUCAGACGAUUCCAGUCCGGUCUUCUUGUAUGACUACGAAGAUAAACUGCGCUCUUCCUCCAUCUGGAAAGAGCUGAAGGAGGUUCGCAACAUGCGUCCAUCUUUCCACUCUCCACUGAAACUUUACGGUGGAAUCAUGUACUCUGGACUCGAAGCAUAUAUUCUCAAGGGCAGAGUACCAUGGACGAUCAAACAUGCCGGCACCGACCAUGGAGCCACUAAGCUUGCUGCAGACUGCCCCAAGAUCGAGUACCCCAAGCCGGAUGGCAAGAUCAGUUUCGAUAUCUUGACCAGUGUCAGCAGGACUGGCACUAACCACGAGGAGGACCAGCCUUGCCAUCUACACGUAGAGGACUGGGACAAGCACGCUGAACUUGAAUACCCUAAAUACCAGGGUGUAGAAAACAGAUUCUGUCCUGCCGGAGUAUAUGAAUACGUCGAGGAUGAGAGCAAACCGCUGGGUGUAAGAUUCCAGAUCAAUUCUCAGAACUGCGUGCACUGCAAGACCUGUGAUAUCAAGGUCCCAGACCAGGAUAUUACCUGGAGAACUCCUCAAGGAGGUGAAGGUCCCAAAUACGUGAUGACUUGA